GUGUAACAUUCAUAGGUAUUUCUAUGUAGAAUAUAAAUACACUAACAUGUUUCUGUUGAAUACCAUAAAUGUUUAGAGAUGGAAAGUGCAAACAAACUUGACACCAACAAGAAAAUGGAGCUUAUUGGUGGUCCAUUUAUGUAUGAUGGUUUAAUCUGGAUCCCUUUCCCAGGGCUUUACCCAGAACCCGAGAAAAAAUUUCAACAGAUAAGAGAUAUGGAGUGUCGUGAGUCAGACGUAUUCCUGUGUUCCUUUCCAAAAGCUGGCACACACUGGACUCACGAGAUACUAUCGAUGCUGCUCUCCGGUUCUGUACAAUACAACCAGUACAAUACAAUUGAAAAUAUGCUUGAAGCAGCUAGCACAUUAGACAAAAUUAAUAGUGCUCCUUCCAGAAGGCUACUUAUAACACAUUUACCGUACAAAUACCUCCCCGAACAGUUGCGAAACGGAACAGGAAAGAUAGUAUACGUUCAAAGAAAUCCGAAGGACCUUCACGUGUCAAUGUAUAAUCAUUUAAAAGGAAAGGGAAUUAUGAAAGAGGGUACUACAUGGAAUGAGUUUAUUGAUCAAAUAUUUACCGGUAAAUUGAAAAUGUUUGGUGGAUGGUUUGAGUUCAGUAAAGAUUGGGAAACAGAAAUAAAUAUUAAGAAGAACAUAUUGCCAUUAUAUUAUGAAGAGAUGAAACAGGAUAUAACAGGAAAUGUAUUGAAAACGGCUGAAUUUUUGAACGUGCCAUGUAAAAACGAAUUUGCCAUGGAAGUUGCAGAUCAAUGCAGUUUUGAUAAGCUGAAGAACAACAAAUUAGAUUAUACAGCUUUAUUGGAUAAGAACAGAAAGUCAACCCUAUUUCGAAAAGGUCAGGUAGGAGACUGGAAGAACUGGUUUACGGUGUCGCAAAAUGAGUGUUUUGAUGCAUUGUAUGAUGAUGAAAUGAAAAGUUCCAAUCUAAUGUUCACGUUUGAGCAAUGAUAAAUUGCUAUGAUGUAAGUGGACUUUUACAGGACUAGUUUGCCAUAAUACAUCAAUAAUUUUCGAUCAAAUCUGCAACCGAUCUCAAUAUUUGAAAAUAAAUUGCAGCUAUAUGUACUUUAUCAGUCCAUACUGGUGUGUGUUAAGUUAUGUACCUUUUGAAUGUAUGUUUGAUAUUUUUUCUCUCAAUUAUUUACAUGUUUUUUUUUAUAUAUAUCAUUUUAUUAGAUAUAAUAAAUAACGCAAUUUACGUGUUAACAUA